AGGCCUGGUACUGUAGGGAGUGUCUCUAGUGUAUGCUGUGUGUACUCUGCUGCUGUGUUUUGGCUGCUGUUUCCCACAGUUGACUACACAAGACUCUGCCUUCCUCACAUUUCCAUAGCCAGCGACAUGACCUGACACCUUGAUGACCAGUCUCAGGGCCCUUGGGUGACUGGCUGGUGCACCAUGGAACUUAAAGUAUGGGUGGAUGGAGUUCAGAGGAUUGUUUGUGGGGUCACCGAAGUUACAACUUGCCAGGAGGUUGUAAUAGCCUUAGCUCAAGCAAUAGGUCGAACUGGAAGGUACACUCUUAUAGAAAAAUGGAGAGAUACUGAAAGACACUUAGCGCCUCAUGAAAAUCCUAUCAUAUCCUUAAACAAAUGGGGGCAGUAUGCUAGUGAUGUACAACUAAUUUUACGGCGAACUGGGCCAUCCCUUAGUGAGCGACCCACUUCAGACAGUGUGGCUCGAAUUCCCGAAAGAACUUUAUACAGGCAGAGUUUGCCCCCCUUAGCCAAACUGAGGCCGCAGAUUGACAAGUCCAUCAAAAGGCGGGAACCUAAAAGGAAAUCAUUAACAUUUACAGGAGGUGCCAAAGGGUUAAUGGACAUUUUUGGAAAGGGUAAAGAAACUGAAUUUAAGCAAAAGGUGCUGAAUAACUGCAAAACAACAGCAGAUGAGUUAAAGAAACUGAUUCGGUUGCAGACAGAGAAGCUUCAAUCCAUUGAGAAAGAGCUAGAAUCAAAUGAAAUCGAAAUACAAUUUUGGGAGCAAAAAUAUAAUUCUAACCUUGAAGAGGAAAUUGUCCGCCUGGAGCAAAAGAUCAAAAGAAAUGAUGUAGAAAUUGAAGAGGAAGAAUUUUGGGAAAAUGAAUUACAGAUUGAACAGGAAAAUGAAAAACAGCUGAAGGAUCAACUUCAAGAAAUAAGACAGAAAAUAACAGAAUGUGAGAGCAAAUUAAAGGACUAUUUGGCUCAGAUCCAGACUAUGGAAAGCGGUCUUGAAGCAGAAAAAUUACAGCGGGAAGUUCAGGAGGCACAAGUCAAUGAAGAAGAGGUUAAAGGAAAGAUUGGGAAGGUCAAAGGAGAAAUUGACAUUCAAGGUCAACAGAGUCUGAGGCUGGAAAAUGGCAUUAAGGCUGUAGAAAGAUCUCUUGGACAAGCCACCAAACGAUUACAGGACAAAGAACAAGAACUGGAGCAGCUGACCAAAGAGCUGCGGCAAGUCAAUCUCCAGCAGUUUAUCCAACAGACAGGGACAAAAGUUACCGUUUUGCCAGCGGAGCCCAUCGAAGUAGAGGCCUCACAUGCAGACAUAGAAAGGGAGACAGCAUUCCAGUCCGGGUCCCUGAAGCGGCCUGGUUCCUCUCGGCAGCUCCCCAGUAAUCUCCGUAUUCUACAGAAUCCUAUCUCAUCUGGUUUUAAUCCUGAAGGCAUAUAUGUAUAACAUUAUCUGCCUUUAGGGGAGAGACCCAUAAAGGUACCAAGGACAGUAAAAAUUCCUUCUUUGAUUUGUGCCAAUGAUGAACAGAGGAUAUAUUUCACAAGCCACCGUAUCUUUUUCCUGUCCUAAGUUGCAUACCACUUGGAGCCAUACCCUGUGCACUGAUGCUAAAGAACAAAGAAACUGUGUUUUCACACAUCAACAGUGUUGACGUUUUUGUCCACAGCUGUAAUGCAAAGCCUUCAUUUCAUUUUUAUUGUAGCAUUUUGAGAGCAUUAGGAAAGUAUUAUACUGUGUGUAUACAUUAAAUAAAACCAUGACAAGAAUGAAGAGAAAUAUG